AAAUCAUAAAUCAGAAAAAAAAUUAUACUUAUUGCUUCUUGACGUUAUACACAAAUGGCUACCAAGGUCGUGUGUAAAAAUCGUGUAAUAGUGAGACUGACAGCGUGUAAAAACGUGUAAUUUGACCAGCAUAUCGUGUAAUUUUACAAAUUCAGAUUGGCAACACUGUUGGGAAAUUGAUAAAUUCAUCGAUUAUAAUUAAUCGUUUCUGGAUAAUUAUUUAUUAGAAUUCUGCCAAACAAAAAUAAAUUCAAGUUUAUUUAUUAGUUAACAUUACAAUGGCUCUAGAAGAAGCAACAGGUGUUUCCCCAUCACCAGAUGUAUCUGCUGGAACACAAAGCAGUACCCAAAAAACAAUAAAUGCAAUGAAAAAUAAGGAAAAAAUCUAUAAAGUUAUCGUCAUAGGAGACUCUAAUGUAGGAAAAACAACUUUAACUUACAGAUUUUGUGAAGGUAGUUUUCUAGAUUAUUCUGAAGCUACUAUCGGUGUAGAUUUCCGGAGCAAAGCUUUAGAAAUUGAUGGUGAAACUCUUACCCUACAAUUGUGGGACACUGCUGGACAAGAAAGGUAUAGAAUGUCCAUGGUUAGGCAUUAUUAUCGAAAUACUGAUGCUGUAGUUCUUGUUUACGAUGUAGGAAACUUAGAAUCUUUUCAUGCAUUAAGAAAAUGGGUUGAGGAGACCAACACAAACUGUAUGCCUGACGUACCGAAAAUUUUAAUUGGAAAUAAAUGUGACGGGGUUAUGGCUGUUUCAACAAAUGAGGCACAGAAAUUUGCGGAUUUACAUAAUAUGCCUCUCUUUGAAACUUCGGCAAGAUUAGACUCACAAUGUGACAAUGUUGAGUCGAUAUUUCUAACUCUUGCACAUAAACUCAAAAACCAAAAGACAUAUCUACCGGCUUCGGAAGGCGCUAAUCCAUUGAGGUUAAAUGCCCAAGUUGUAACUGAUACUACGAAGAGUGGAACUUGUUGGAGUAGUUGUUGAUUCAUUUUGGGUUAGAGAAGUUAUAAUACUUGCAGACCUGAUCAUAUGGAUAUCUCGGAAACGAAAUGCGAGCGACAAAAACGGAUUUCAGAUGUAUAAUUAGCGACCAAGAAUACAAAGAAAUCAUCAAAUUCGGAAAGGUAUCCUAUCAAUUGUAUCAUUUGGAUCGUCGUGUUCCUGGGGAUUCUCGAACGGUUUACCCGUUUUACGAAUGAGCCAAGCUGCUAGUAUAGAAAAUAAGUAAAAUUGUUCCCCGCUAUUUUUGAUUACUAUGAAAUAAUAUCUACAAAUUAAUUCAGCUUCAGUUUAUAGAAAUUAGAACUAAUUACUAAUUGCUUACUUAUGAAUAGGCUUUAAUUUAAUUUCGCUUAAAAAUUCCAUUUCGUAAUUCAGCAACUUCAAUUUAUCCAACAAAUAUUCCAUUGCCGUGUAUGGGGCAAACGAAUUUUCUUGAUCUUUUUCAGAAACUAUUUUUGCUUCUGUACGAAUCAUGUUUUAAUCAAAUUUUUCAUACAAAUUUCAAUAAAACAAAAAUUAAAAAUUGUAUGUUGUUUUAUUAUUUGAAAAUUUGAAAUGUUUGUAUUGUUCCUUUCAGUCAAAUUAUGCGGCGAAUAUUUGAAAUCGCCUAGUAGUGCUUUUGGUGUAGAUAAACCGAACAGGGUACACAAGAGCUACCGAGAGCAUAUGGAGUUAUCCUAGCUCGAAAGCGCGGGUAUUGUUUCCAAGCUUGAAGUUUGCAAUUAAUUAUUGGUUGUGCUGGUUCUAGAUUUUUCGUCAUACUGCAGAUUUUGCAAAGAUGCUUUUUGCGGAACAGAUUUCGUUGGUUUUAUACAAAAUAGCAGCUCGUUAAUUAUAACUUUUCAAUUCCAAUUAUUCUGAUCAUGUUAUCACAUAACACUACAGUAUGAGGAAAACCCCAAAAUAAGAAAAAGGCGCAGAAAUAAUAAAUAUGUAUUCAUUUGUCUAUUAAAUUUACAAAUUGUACCCCAAUUCAAAUUCUGGAAUGGCUCUUCUUCAAUGCUGUUCAUUCAUCUUCUUCGGUUGGUUUCUUUAUCUUUUUCCCUGUUUUUUACGAAAUUUAGGAAGUUCGACAUGCAUUAAAUACCAGUACAGAAAUCCAUUGUAAAUCAUAGCUAAAAAAUAGAGAACAAUAAUCAAACAAAAUAUGAAUAAAUAAAAAAAAAUAUAUUCUCUAAAUCUGCUUUAAAAGAACAACAAAAAUUAUAAUAUAUCUGUGUAGGCAUUUGUAUAUGAAAUUAGGGAAGGAAAAUUUCAUCAGAUUGGGUGCAUUAAAAAUUUAAAUCAUUUGUAAAAAUAAAUAAUCUAAAUUAUAUAAUAUAACACUAUGGAUAAAUCAAUUUAGUAUUUACAGAAACAAUUUGGCUAAAAAUUAUUAUAAAAUAGGUCAAUCAUUUCGAUUUACAUCCUCAUUAUCCAUAGAAUAUUUUCCCUUUUUAGGUCUAUCAUAUGCAAAACCUUCAGCAUAUUGUUGUAUUACUAAACAGGUAAAAAUUAUCACAAGUAGCGUCAAGACGCUGAACUCUUCAUAUUUAUUCUCUUCUUUUGCUUUCUUCUCUGCAGCAUAGGCUGCCCGUUUCUCUUUUAAUUCUCGGUCUCUUCUAACUGAAGCUCCGUAAUGUUGUCUGGACCAUUCGUCAAAAUCAUAAAUCGGUUGUUGACCAGUUGGAUUUGGUGGCCUGGCUCUGUGCUCGCGAGAUUUAUAGAAUUUGGCCAAUGGGUCGUCUGGGGUAGAUUCAGCGACUUUGGGACCAAAAAUGUUU